CUCCCUUCCCUUCCCCUGUUUCCGUUUCGCUUCCUCCUCUCCCCCCACUCCUCGCCUAAUUUCCCAGUUUCCCACCCCGGAAAAUGGCCAAAACCUUGUGAAACGGAGCACCAGUAAAACCCACCCGGCGAGCGCACACCGCACCACGCUAGCGGCUAGCCCCCUCACCAUCCUCAGCUCCUGUGUGCAGAGCCGCUGAAUGGCCUUGCGCCUGUAGAUUCUUGGUCCCUUCCUACGAGUUCUUUUUUUCCAUACCAAUCCGGCCAAGGUUUGACCAAGAUCGGCAGGCGGCCGCGCGCGUCGGGCUCGAUCCGCCUCGUCUCCUAGGAUGGCGGCGGUGGCGGAGGGAUCGGCUUCCGCGGCGGCGGCGGCGGCGGCCAAGGAGGUGGAGUACCAGGCGGGCGUGCAGAAGCUGGUGGACCUGCUCUCCAAGCUCAACCCGGCCGCCAAGGAGUUCGUCCCCUCCUCGGCAGCGGCGGGGUCGCCGCCCAAGAAGGCGCUGUCGGCGGACGCGCCGGUGUUCGACUACCACUCGAUCGGAGCCGGGAAUGGGGGCACCAAGGACUCCGCCACCGACGCUUCGUUUUACAUCGGGAACCAGCAGCGCAAGAGGGGGAAUGGAUACAUCAACCAAGGAAGGAGGAGGGCAAUUGAUAGGGCGAGGCGUGCAGACAGAGAGGACAGCAUUAGGCGAACUGUUUAUGUCUCUGAACUUGACCAUACCGUGACAGAGGAGAGACUUGCUGAUAUCUUUGCAACCUGCGGGCAAGUUGUUGAUUGCCGAAUUUGUGGUGAUCCUCACUCUGUUCUUAGGUUUGCAUUUAUUGAGUUCUCUGAUGAGGAGGGCGCAAGAACUGCACUUAACCUUGGAGGCACAGUUUUUGGUUUCUACCCUGUUAGAGUCUUGCCUUCAAAGACAGCUAUCUUACCUGUUAAUCCAAAGUUUCUUCCCAGGACGGAAGAUGAGAAGGAAAUGGUUAUGCGAACCGUCUAUUGUACAAACAUAGAUAAGAUGGUUACUCUAUUAGAUGUAAAGAAUUUCUUUGAAGGACUUUGCGGUGAGUUUCCUUUGCAGGUCUCUCGGUUGAGACUUCUAGGGGAUAAUGUACAUUCUACAAGGAUUGCUUUUGUUGAGUUUGUCCAUGCUGAGGGUGCCAUCUUGGCUCUGAAUUGCAGUGGGAUGAUUUUGGGAACUCUACCUGUCAGGGUGAGCCCUUCUAAGACUCCGGUGAAGCCACGUGUAAAUCGAGUGGGAUCUAACUGACUCCGCGAAAGCCGAACUGGAUUGUUCACGGGAAGGCAUCACCAUAAGCUAAAGGCUUCCGCGAUCCAGUGCAUCAUGAUGCAUUUCCUUACAUUCUUACAAGCAUUCUCUUUGUACCCUUUUGCAAACCUAUGAGGAGGGAACUGGUUAAAUCAGACCCUUUAUAGCCUGCAUUUGGUUCUCAUGUUUCAUUCCUCCUGAUGGACAAUCAGCCACCAGAGUAAUUUCUGUUCAGUGCUCCUACUGUUAAACUGAUUGACAUUUAACGUCUUACCUGUGAACCAUCACUGUUGUUUACAAUCUUUGCAACCUGAUUGUCUUAUCCAGAAUUCCUUGUGGACAUCA